UUAUAUAAAUACAGACCACUAAGCACAAAUAAGACAAAGGGAACCUGUCAUUUCCUCUACCACAAUGAUCCUGCACCUGAUCUAUGACAGCUUUGAUUUUAAAAGCUGGAUCAUUUUGUUUUUUGUAUUUCUGCUCCUUGCUGAUAUUAUCAAAAAUAGGAAUCCUUCCAAUUUUCCUCCAGGACCCUGGCCUCUGCCAUUCCUGGGAACUGUCUUCACUAAAAUGGAUUUUAGGACGAUGAAUAAGUUGGCUGAAGUCUACGGGAACAUAUUCAGCUUAAGAGUGGGGAGUGAGAAAUUGGUAAUCGUGUCGGGAUAUAAAAUGGUGAAGGAGGCCCUCAUUACUCAGAAUGACAGUUUUGUUGAGCGUCCAAAUGUCCCUCUAUUUCACAAAGUUUAUAAGGGAACUGGUUUAACAAUGAGUAAUGGAUACUGUUGGCGGACACAUAGGAAGUUUGGUGGCCUCCAUUUGCGGAUGUUUGGAGAGGAGAAGAAAAUCCUUGAGCACAGCAUCCAGCAUGAGUCUGUCUACCUUUGUGAUGCCUUUAAGACAGAAAAGGGACCUUUCAACCCUAUGACCAUCUUAAAUGCUGCUGUCUCAAAUACUGUUGCCUGUUUGAUAUUUGGACAACGCUUUGACUAUCAUGAUGAAUACUAUCAAAGAAUUCUGCGUCUUGACAAUGAAUGCAUUCAGUUAAUGGGCUCUCAUAGAGCACAGAUGUAUAAUGUGUGUCCGUGGCUCUUUGAAUACUUACCUGGCCUCCAUCAGACUAUGUUUUCAAACUAUAAGCAAAUAACAGACUUCCUGAGAGGAGAGAUCAGCAAACACAGAGAGGACUGGGACCCUUCAAAUCCACGUGACUUUAUAGACAACUACCUGACUGAGAUGGAAAAGAAAAGGAGUGACCCUGAGGCUGGUUUUAACAUAGAAGGGUUAGUGAUAUCUUGCUUAGACAUGAUUGAGGCCGGGACAGAGACCUCUGCUUCUACAUUACGCUGGGGUCUGCUUUUAAUGAUCAAAUAUCCAGAAAUACAGAAAAAGGUACAGGAAGACAUAGACAGGGUUAUUGGACAGUCGCGUCAACCCUGUUUGGCAGACAGAGUUGAUAUGCCCUACACUGAGGCUGUUAUCCAUGAGAUUCAAAGAUUUGGAGAUGUUGUUCCUCUGGGAUUGCCUAAAAAAUCUGCUAAAGACACAACACUAGGAGGAUUCUUCAUUCCUAAGGGCACCUCUAUUUCAACAAACCUGUCUUCAGUCCUGCAUGAUCCAAACGAAUGGGAAACCCCAGACACCUUUAACCCAGGACACUUCCUGACUGAAAAUGGCCAGUUUCGGAAAAGAGAUGCUUUUCUGCCUUUUUCAGCUGGUAAGCGAGUGUGUUUGGGAGAGACGCUGGCUCGUCAGGUGAUCUUCCUGUUCUUCACCUCUCUGCUGCAGCAAUUCACCAUCUCCAAAUGUCCAGGAGAGGAACCCAGUUUGGAGGGAGAGAUAUGGUUCACAAAUGUUCCUUGUCCAUAUUGUAUGUGUGUGUCCUCACGUUAGAACAAUACAAAGUCAAUAAGAUUAGAUAUGAAGUACUGUAUGCUUUCUGAUAUGUGUUUCUGGAUGACUGUAAUUUUCACAUUUUUCAAAACGCAAUAUUGUUGUAAACAUGAUGUAAAUGUAUCAGUACAUGUAUGGAUGAUUUUGAUGUACAAAAUGUAUUGAUACCUGUAUUAAUGCUCUGUGUAAGUGAUUUACAGAUGUGUAAAUAAUCAUUUGUUAUGUAAGUAAAUUACACUGGUUGAAAAUUUG